AUGGCAUUAAAACGUAUAUUCUCAUUUCAUUCACAUAGUGGACAACAACGUUCACGAAAUCAAAAUUCUGAACCAGUAUCAGAAUUUUGUCGCAUGUUUUCUUCUGAAAAUAGUGAUGAAAAUAUUAAUCAAAAUCGUAAUCAUACAAAUGGACAAAUUAACACUAUCGAACCAAUUACUAUUAGCACUAGUCCAGUUUAUGCAAAUGAACAACAAAAUCGUACUUGUCGACGUUCAUCAGUUCAAUUUCUCGAUAAGAAAGCUUUUCAAACGUUAGCAAGCCAAGUAUCAUCAACUAUGACAGAAGAAGAUGAUUCUCAUGCCUCAGGGAAUGUCUUCGAAAACGAGUCAAAUAUGUCAACGACAAAGUAUGAUGCUGAUGUUGAAGCUGCAUCAGAUCAUGAAAAAGCUCAAUGUCGUCGUAGUCGUCGUCCAUCUGUACAAUUUAUUGAUAAAAAUCUUAUACGAAGACGUUCAUCUGGUCUCGAAAAACAAUUACAAACUAAUCAACAACGACCACGUUUACCAUCAAUUACAACUGCCAGUGAUAGUGACAGCGACGUUGAAGAUGGUGCUGGUACAGAUAUACGAGAAAUGCAACAUAAAAAUUCAUCUGGUUUUAAUGAUUUUGCUGUUCGACGUAUAAAACAUGCACCAUAUGGUCGACGUGAAAUUGAAAUUGCUGAACAAGAAAUGCCUGGUCUUAUGGCAUUACGUCGUCGAGCUGAAGGUGAUAAACCAUUACAAGGAGCUAAAAUUGUUGGUUGUACUCAUAUAACUGCUCAAACAGCUGUUUUAAUUGAAACAUUAAUUCGUUUGGGAGCACAAGCACGAUGGUGUGCUUGUAAUAUAUUUUCUACUCAAAAUGAAGUUGCUGCUGCACUUGCUGAAGCAUCAAUUCCAAUAUUUGCAUGGAAAGGUGAAAAUGAUGAUGAUUUUUGGUGGUGUAUUAAAAAAGCAAUUGGUGGCGAUCAAGGUUGGCAACCAAAUAUGAUAUUAGAUGAUGGAGGAGAUUUAACACAUUUUUGUCAUAAACAUUAUACAACAUUAUUUUCAACAAUAAAAGGUAUUGUUGAAGAAUCUGUUACUGGUGUUCAUCGUUUAUAUCAAAUGUGCCGUACACAAACAUUAACUGUACCAGCCAUGAAUGUAAAUGAUAGUGUUACAAAAACAAAAUUCGACAAUUUAUAUUUAUGUCGAGAAUCAAUUAUUGAUGCUAUUAAACGUUGCACUGAUAUUAUGUUUGGUGGAAAACAAGUUGUUAUUUGUGGAUAUGGUGAAGUUGGUAAAGGAUGUUGUUCAGCAUUGCGGGGUAUGGGCUGUUUUGUUUAUGUAACAGAAGUCGAUCCCAUAUGUGCAUUACAAGCAUGUAUGGAAGGAUAUAAAGUUGUUCGUCUUGAAGAAGUUAUUAAACAAGUUGAUAUUGUUGUUACAGCAUCUGGAAGUAAAAGUACUAUAACAAGAGAGUCAUUAGAUAAACUUAAAAAUGGUGCCAUUGUUUGUAAUAUGGGACAUUCAAAUACAGAAAUUGAUGUUAGCUUUCUACGUGAUUUAUCAUCAAGUGAUUUACAAGUCGAACGUGUUCGAACAAAUGUUGACCAUGUUAUUUGGCCUAAUGGUAAACGUAUCGUACUACUUGCUGAGGGUCGAAUUAUGAAUUUAUGUUGUUCAAGUGUACCAUCAUUUGUUGUUUCAAUUACAGCUGCUACACAAGCAUUAGCUUUGAUUGAACUUUAUAAUGCUCCACCAAAUCGAUAUAAAUGUGAUGUUUAUUUAUUACCAAAAAAAAUGGAUGAGUAUGUAGCAAGUCUUCAUUUGCCCGCAUUCGAUGCUCAUUUAACAGAAUUAACUGAUGAACAGUGCAAAUAUUUAGGUAUUAAUAAAGCUGGACCAUUUAAGCCAAAUUAUUACAGGUAUUAA